UUCUAGUUUAUGCCAAGCAUUCGUGGAGAGAAAGUAAAGAAAGAACAGCACGGAGGCAGAGUAACGCAGCUGGUGGAGCAGUAUUAAGAAUUUACACUGACCUCGUCGUAGAUCUCAACAUGUCCAUACGUCGUAUUCCAGGCUGGGACCUGUUCAAUGAUCCCAACACGCCCUCCAACAGUUCUGCAUUGACUCCAACUGAAGCGCUAAAGCCAGAGCAAAUUGAUUACCAUGUCGAGAAAAACAGCAGGGAACACCAUACAGUUGAGUACAAUGAACGUGUUUAUGGACUUGUGGUCAGAAGAGGACAAGAGUUUCAAGUGGAAGUGACUUUUGAUCGUGCUUACGAUCCURAGAAGGACGAACUGAUUCUGCUGCUUACAUAUGGAACCCGUCCUAWAGAAAGCAAGAACACYACCAUUCGUCUCAAAGACAAAAAUACGCAGCUGUCUAAUUCAAURUGGGGYAUGCACGUUAAGGAAUCCAAUGGUAACAAUGUGACCUUAACAAUCAUAUCUCCUGCCAAUGCCUUGGUUGGCRAAUACAAAGUCUAUGUAGAGACAAAAACCAAGAAAUCUGCCGGAUCGACUCCUGAAUACUUGACAUUUAGAAGAGAUCCAGGCAAAGAUGACARAAUGAUUGUCUUGUUUAAUGCUUGGUGUCAAGAAGACGCCGUGCACAUGAAGGACGAACUAGAACGUCAGGAGUAUGUAUUGAACCCUAUCGGUAAUAUUUGGAUCGGAAAUAAAUACUAUAACCAUGGGAUACCAUGGAACUUUGGCCAGUUUGAAGACGUUUCACUGAAGACAUGUCUGUAUGUUCUGGACAUUUCCAAAGACCUGGGGAUUCAGUCUAGAGGAGAUCCUGUAAUGGUUUCAAGGUUUAUCACAAAGAUGGUUAACUCUAAAGAUCAAGACRGCGGAAUUCUUGUAGGUAAAUGGUGCUUAGACAAAGACACUCCCUGUACCUUUCACCCUUACACAAGCCCUGGAGAUUGGGCUGGAAGCGUAAAAAUUUUGGAAAAGUACAACAACUUAAAAGAUAAAAGAGAAGGUGUUAARUACGGUCAAUGCUGGGUCUUUGCUGGUUUGGUUACAACACUUUGUCGUGCCAUAGGGAUCCCAACACGCUGCAUCACCAACUUUUCAUCUGGUCGCGAUACGGACGAAAGCWCUACCAUUGACUUCCAUUUCAUCAACGGAGAGCCCAUUGAUUAUUUGAAUACCGAUUUUGUUUGGAAUUUCCAUGUCUGGAAUGAAAGCUUUUUUAAUAGACGAGAUCUUCCUCGUCAGUAUGACGGAUGGCAAGCGAUGGAUGCAACACCGCAAGAAACCAGCCAAGGAGUGUUUUGCUGUGGCCCAGCCCCUGUCAAAGCCAUCAAAGAAGGAAUGGUGUACGUUCCCUACGACACUCGAUUUGUUUUCGGAGAAGUCAAUGGAGAUCGCGUGUACUGGGACGUGGAUAACAACGGAGAAAUGGAAGUGACAACAAUUGACAAGUUUUCAGUUGGGAAAAAGAUCAGUACCAAGGCAGUUGGAAGCGAAUAUCGCAGUGACGUGACUUAUCACUAUAAACAUGAUGAAGGAACACCUCCCGAGAGGGCUGCGGUGAGAAGGGCAUACAAGAUGAGUUCCAGGAGAAACACUGAAAUCUACGAUCUUAAUGCAAUCAGAGAUGUGGACUUCAAAUUCGUGCCACCAGAUGCCGGCUUAAUGGUUGGAAAUGACUUUGACGUACAGUUGAAAAUGAAAAGCAAACGUCCUGGAAAAAGGACCGUUGAUGUUACCAUAGUAACGAAGACGGCAUUUUAUAAUGGGAUCACUGCCGUGAAGUUGGACAAAUUGSAGAAAACGUACGAAUUACAAUCAACGAAAGAGGUAACAGUGUCUUUGCCAGUUCCAGCAAGCAAAUACAUUGGCAUAAGUCCUGCAGAAACAAUUAUCAAGGCGUUUUUGACUGCAAAAGUCAAGGAAACCAAGCAGGUUUUUCACGAUAUUGAAGUGAUUGAACUAAUGAAACCUGGGCUUAAAUUUGAGUAUGGCCAAAAGACAGUAUUCGCGAAUUCAAGUUUUGACUUGACAGUUUCCUUCACGAAUCCACUUAAAAUAGCGCUCAACAAUUGCGUUUUCAACAUCGAGACCUCUCACUACGUCAGCCCCAACACAAUAACGGAAACUCUUGAAAAUCCUGUUGAACCACAAAAGGAGGCAUCAAUCAGAGUGACCCUGAAGCCACAAAAAGAAGGAUGGAGAUAUGUUGUUGCCAAGUUCACUUCAGACCAGCUUUCUGGAGUUGACGGAAAAACUGAUUUUUUUGCAAUGUAAAGAUGCCAGAGUACUGAGCAAAAAAAAAUUGUUUUUUAAACUAACAUUUAGAACUUUCAUAAUUUUGGCAGUACUUUUUGCACGGACCAGUUGUAAUAUUCGUCAAUUAAAAUUCAAUUGCCCUAUCGCAUAAUUACUUCACGCUGAAACGUUCUUUUGUUUUAACGCUAAGGAUUAUGGUCGCCAGAGGGGAUCAGAGUGACUGCAUAUCAAAAAAAUUGUCGAUGAACUAUCAUUGAUAAAUGAUGUACAUCAAAACUCGAUACACUAAAGUCCAAGUCUGAGCAGCGAUCUAUCCAAAAUGUCACCACAUACUAUGACAUAAUCAUGCGAUUGCACCUCAAUAAUUAAUUGAACGUAGAGGCACCAAUACAACAAGACCUAAUAAAGAUGCAACAAAAACCA